GUAACCUCCGUUUUAAGUUAUAUCUAAAGGUCACUGACCUUUAUCUAUGUCUAUAUAAACGAAGGCCAUCUCAUAUAUGCAUCAUUACUAUAUCAUCUUUAUAGAGUUCUUAUCACUUGUCUACACAACAUUCUUUCAUCAGAUUAAGUUAACCAAAAGAACAUUGUUACAUCAUUUACAGUAAUGGGAGUAACAUUAGAAGGUCAAAGAAAGGAAUCAGUUUUGGUGUUGAUGAGAAGACAAAGAGCACGAAGGGCCCUUGCGAAGAAGAUCAUGAUCAGACCGAAAAAGAGUCUAGAGGCUUCUAGAAGACCGUGUCGUGCGAUUCAUAAACGAGUCAAGAUGCUGAAAGAGCUUGUUCCAGACACCAAAUCGUCAGAAGGUUUGGAUGGACUAUUUAGACAAACGGCGGAUUAUAUUUUAGCUUUGGAAAUGAAAGUGAGAGUCAUGCAAACAAUGGUUCAGGUUUUGACCGAAACUGAUUGUGUGUAAUGACCUCAGUAUAUUUUUGUAAAUCUUGCUGGGUUCUUUUAAUAUUAUUAUUAUUAUAAUAAGUGCUUUUAGUUUUUA